UUCUACACAAGCGUAUACUGACCAAUGGAAUCGCACCUAGCCUGAUACGUCAUAGCGCAUUUCGUCCCAGCAUGCUGUAGUCUCUGCGCGUGCGUGUGGCUUACCUCGCAGUGUGUAGCGCUCCGGCGUUGUUCCUUCCCACGUGACCCGGCCCCGGAGGCGGCAGCACUUGCGAGAGGUGGUUUAGUGGAACGGCUGCGGUUAUGUCGAAGCGGCACCGGCUGGACCUCGGGGACGACUAUGUCACGAGCAAGAAAAGAAGCGGCGACGGAAAAGACCGAGAUCGAGAGAGAGAUGACCGUUCUAAGGAUCGAGACCGGGAUCGUGACAGAGAUAGGGAAAGGGACAGAGACAAGGAUAAAGACUCGCGCGGUUCAUCAAAUUCUCCUUUUAUAACGGCUGGUGCAAUGCCUACUCUAAAACCAGCAGCAGUUGCUCAAGGCAUUAAUCCAUUUACCAAUUUACCGCACACUCCUCGCUACUAUGACAUCUUGAAAAAGAGGCUACUGUUGCCAGUAUGGGAAUACAAAGAACGCUUUACCGAAAUUCUAAUGAAGAAUCAGAGCUUCGUACUGGUUGGCGAAACUGGAUCUGGGAAAACCACUCAGAUUCCACAGUGGUGUGUAGACUACAUGAGAUCAUUGCCUGGUCCCAAAAGAGCUGUUGCCUGUACCCAGCCAAGAAGAGUGGCCGCCAUGAGUGUGGCUCAAAGAGUUGCCGAUGAAAUGGAUGUCAUGUUGGGUCAGGAAGUUGGUUAUUCCAUCAGAUUUGAAGACUGCAGCAGUGCAAAAACAAUCUUGAAAUACAUGACAGAUGGUAUGUUACUCCGAGAAGCCAUGAACGAUCCUUUGUUGGAACGCUAUGGUGUGGUGAUUCUUGACGAAGCUCACGAAAGGACCUUAGCAACAGAUAUCCUAAUGGGUGUUUUAAAGGAAGUUGUAAGACAAAGAAAUGACUUAAAGGUUAUAGUUAUGAGUGCCACUUUAGAUGCUGGGAAAUUCCAGGUAUAUUUCGAUAGCUGCCCUCUUUUAACAAUCCCUGGCCGAACACACCCUGUAGAAAUCUUCUACACUCCAGAGCCGGAGCGGGAUUACCUAGAGGCUUCCAUUCGAACAGUGAUACAGAUUCACAUGUGUGAGGAGGAGGAAGGAGAUCUUCUGUUGUUUCUUACUGGCCAAGAGGAAAUUGAUGAGGCGUGCAAGAGAAUCAAACGGGAAAUCGAUGACUUGGGCCCUGAAGUUGGAGACAUCAAAAUCAUUCCUUUAUAUUCAACCCUCCCACCCCAGCAACAGCAAAGAAUAUUUGAGCCACCACCACCCAAGAAACCUAGUGGAGCAAUAGGAAGAAAAGUCGUAGUUUCCACUAACAUCGCUGAAACAUCUUUAACUAUAGACGGGGUUGUGUUUGUGAUCGAUCCUGGUUUUGCCAAGCAAAAGGUAUAUAAUCCUCGAAUUCGAGUGGAAUCUCUCCUGGUUACUGCCAUCAGCAAAGCUUCAGCACAACAAAGAGCCGGUCGUGCUGGUCGUACCCGUCCUGGCAAGUGCUUCCGGCUUUAUACAGAGAAGGCUUACAAAACGGAAAUGCAGGACAAUACUUACCCUGAAAUAUUGAGGUCCAAUUUGGGUUCCGUAGUAUUGCAGCUAAAGAAACUUGGCAUUGAUGAUUUGGUUCAUUUUGAUUUCAUGGACCCUCCAGCUCCUGAAACUUUAAUGCGUGCCCUGGAACUUUUGAACUACCUAGCUGCCUUAAACGAUGACGGAGACCUGACAGAGUUGGGAUCUAUGAUGGCGGAAUUCCCACUGGACCCACAGCUGGCCAAGAUGGUUAUCGCCAGUUGCGACUACAACUGCUCUAAUGAGAUCUUAUCCAUAACAGCCAUGUUGUCAGUCCCACAGUGUUUCAUUCGUCCCACGGAAGUCAAGAAAGCUGCCGAUGAGUCGAAGAUGAGGUUUGCCCACAUCGACGGUGAUCAUUUGACGCUGCUGAACGUAUACCACGCUUUCAAACAGAAUCACGAGUCAUCUCAGUGGUGUUAUGACAACUUCAUUAACUACAGAUCCCUGAUGUCGGCAGACAAUGUACGGCAGCAGCUGUCACGAAUCAUGGACAGAUUUAACUUGCCGCGAAGAAGCACCGAUUUUACAAGCAGAGAUUAUUACAUUAAUAUCAGGAAAGCUUUGGUUACUGGUUAUUUUAUGCAGGUGGCACACUUGGAGAGAACUGGUCAUUACCUAACGGUGAAAGACAACCAGGUGGUGCAGCUGCAUCCCUCAACAGUUCUCGACCACAAACCCGAGUGGGUCCUGUACAAUGAGUUUGUACUCACAACAAAGAACUACAUCCGCACGUGUACUGAUAUAAAGCCGGAAUGGUUGGUGAAAAUCGCAGCUCAAUAUUACGACAUGGGCAACUUCCCUCAGUGUGAAGCAAAGAGGCAAUUAGAGCGCAUUGUGGCCAAAUUUCAGACGAAGGAAUAUUCACAGUACUGAGUCUUUUGUUUUAGCUUGUCUGAAGAGCAGUUUGAGCGAAUGAAAGAAGAUACAUUUGUAUACUAUGUCGUGGUCCAGAGGCAGCCUUUAUUUGAAAGCUUUUUAAUUUUUCAUUACAGUAAAUAUUACGUUCUUGUUUCAUAAAUUCAACAUUUAUGGCUCCCCUUUGUGUCGACACCGUUGCUUGUGCUGGAACAGUUAAUCGGAAGUAGUUCUAUAUAUAACAUUGUUAUAGGCAUUUCUUUGGAAAUGUUUGAAAGUGCUUCUAAAAAAUAAUAUAUAUAUGUGUGUGUGAGGGUAACCUGCGGCUCUCAAGAUGGUGAAUGGAAACCCGGUGACUCCCAGGGGCUUAUUUAUAAAGGAGUGAAAUAUUUUACACCCAAAAGUGCUUGUAAAAAAGGUAUACAUAUAAUGCCAUGAAUUGUGAGCACAGAAUUGCCUUUACAAACUUGCAUCCAAAAUCCCACCAUUAUUUGUCAUGGUUUCAUACGUGGCACAACUUUAUUGAAAUCCAUGGAUCAAAUGGGAACUAUCACGAAAAUUUAAAUUUAAUAUAAGCUUCAGCAUACUGAGAUAAGAAACGUUUUAAAUACAGUCAAUUAAAAAUGCUGUAACGUUUCUGAUGCAUGUGCAAAUUAGGGGUCGGAAAGGGGAAAAAAAUUUACUUCCUGACAAAAAGUCAUCCCUUCCCUUCUUACCUGACACCCCCCAGUCGGUGCCCCUAUCAGCAGAAAACUGCACCGGCCCGGGGUUAUACCAGCGAGCACCGCAGAGUGAUCUUCUUCUGGCUUCUUCUUCUUCCUUCAAAUCUCCCGGAGCAGACGCAUGCGCAGUAGAAUGAAAUAGCUACGGGUUUGACUUUUCAUUCUACUGCUCAUGCGCAGCCUCGAGAAGAAAGAAGCCGGAAGAGGAUCACUCUGUGGUGCUCACUGGAAUAACCCCGGGCCGGUGCAGUUUUCUGCUGAUAGGAGCACCGACCCAGGGUUUCAAGUAAGUAAAUAUAAUCACUUGGGGUGCAUAACAUUUGGCACCCGCAAGUAGAAAAUGCCUUUCCUUCUCCUUUAAAGAAUUUCUAGUGUAAAGAAUGACUUAAAAGUAUCAGUAUCUGUUCUUUUUAAGCCACAUCCAUUAAGCCUAUACAUAGACAUAAAAUCAUUACACCGCUUGAUAAAUCCAUUGUGCACUACGGUGUAUAAAACAGCACGUUUGUCUGUAUUUUAAUUCCUUCUACACAUGAUAUAAAUGCCCCUUGGUAUGGCCUGGCCCUUCACAUACAUUAUCUCAGUGCCGCAGGUUGCACAUCCCUGUAUAUGAUCAGACUCAUUUUCCGCAUGAUUGUUGUAACCGUUGACAUUCCUUUUAGAAGUUGGUGAAAAAUGUUACAACUGGUGCAUCUGUAAAACCCAAACAUCAGCCUCAGCACUGGGGCACCGGCUUCAAUAAAGUCUAUUUAUACAAAA